AGGAGGAACAGGUGUCUUCCUUCUCUCCAGCCUCGUCUCGAAACCGGCCAGAUCUCGCCCUUUCCCGCGGCCCCUGUCGGAAAAGCGGCAGCCGACGGCCCAGGAAAAGCACGGCUCGCAGUCGGCCGAACAGGUCGCAUACCCGGCGAGCGCCCGUCCCGACCGUAGCACCGAGCCCGUAUACCUUGUGUCCGAGUGUCCGCACCCUCUGUAUCGCUGCACUUACAUCGUGACACCGCAAGACCUGGAGGCGUGGCUUAGCACUGUUCGACUAUUACUGCUGAAGAAUUCAGACGGCAGACAGACGACGUGAAAGAAGAAAAAAAUAUACGAGGAAAGCUCCAAGCAACAGCACACGACACAAUGGACAUAAUUUCCAGAUUCCUGCGGUACCUCUUCUGGAGGGCUCCCGCGCCGCCCAACAGGCUGCGUGAGAUCCUCCUCAACUUCUCGGUGGAGCUGCACAAGCAGCAGCUGGCCGAGCAGGACGCCCUCUACCGGGACAACGUGCUCAGCGCACCGUUCGCCAUCGCGCUGGCGCUUGCAGCCACGCACGCCGGAAGCGGGAAGGCCACUGCGGCGCAAAUAGCCAAGGCCCUCCACCUGCCCGAAGAGCUCAUCGAAGAGGUGCGCCAAGAGUUCACGGACAUGACGCUGCGGCUGGCCGACUGCGGGCCGGACUUUCGCAUCCACCUGGCCAACGCCAUAUUCGCCGACAGCAGCUACGACGUGCCGAACGAUUACUGCGACCUCAUGGAGACCGCUUACGACGGCGCCGUCAAGCAAGUCGACUUCCGGAGUGACCCCAAGGGCGCCUGCGGAGACAUCAACUCCUGGGUCGAGGAGAAGACCAAGUGCAAGGUCACCGACAUCCUCCAGUCCGGGAAGGUCGACUCUCGCACCUCGCUGCUUCUCGUCAAUGCUAUGUACUUCACGGGCUUCUGGGACUCGCACUUCAACCCGCAGUACACGGCGCUGCGCCCGUUCCACGAGACGAAGGAGAAGACCACCAUGGUCGAGAUGAUGUACCAGCGAAAGAACUACAAGACUAGCUGCUGCGACAAGCUCGAGGUUGACGCCCUCGAGAUGCCGUUCGUGGGCAAGAAGCUCUCCUUGGUCCUUCUGCGGCCGCAAAAGAUCGACGGUCUCGACCGCCUCGAGAAGAAGCUGACCCCGGCGCUGCUGGACCUGCUCAAGUCGCUGGGCGAGGACCACGACGUCGAGAUCUACCUGCCCAAGUUCAAGCUCGAGCACAGCACCAGCCUCCGAGGAACCCUGGAGGCGCUGGGCAUUCAGGACCUCUUCACAGACCGCGCAGACCUCGGAGGGAUAAGCAAGACCCCCGGACUCAGGGUUACCGGCGUCGAGCACAAGGCGGUCGUCGAAGUGGACGAAGAUGGCGUCGAGGGCCUGUUCCUGACACCACUCAUCAUGAUGUGCUACGCGGGCGUCAGCUUCAACUACAACGUGAAUCGGCCGUUCAUGUUCCUCAUCCGCAGCUGUGAUCCGGACGUGAUUCUGUACAUCGGAUCUGUGCGACGUUUCUAGGAUGAUGACGGUCCUGUCGUUCGUUGAUGUGCUGAGAGUGCGAUCCGUGCGCGUUGCGUAUGUUUGGUGGCUCGUGCAUUUUGCGUGUAUACACCGUGCGCUGGGAUUGGUGAACCGAAGUAUUGUGUGGUAGGAUGUGACGUAACGGCGGUUCUUUAGAUGCUUACGUCGGUGGUGUUGUCAUGGUUAUCGCACCUUGUGAAAAUUGUGACAUGAAGCUAUUGAGUGUACAAGUUCACAUUACAAUGCAGUACAAGCGAGGACCCCUAGCCAGUGGUGCUACAGUUUUGGAGCCAGCUUCAACGUUGCCUCUAUUGACGAAACGCUUGGAAGACACACACAAGGUCGGGAAAUCCACAGCCCGAUAAGAAACGCCACGCAUGAGUCGUGACUCUAAGAAGUAUGCUGGCACGUAUUGCUAGACCUCGAGAGUGAACAAAAUGAAUUGGUGAUAAUGAAGAACACAAUUCGAAGUGUUCCCUGCGCAUGACUUGCGCCGUCGUUAUAUUGAAACGUUUAUUGCUGCGUCGUUGGCGACAGUUUACUUUUACAAAUCUGUACAUUUUAUACACAGUUUGUUCACACUUAAUGAAAACACGGGCAACUGUUUUCUGCGCAAGAAAUUUAAAGUGUUAUAUAUUUGUUUUUUACAGCAAUAUACUUUAUAAGAUUGUACAAUUCUGUGUUUCAUAAAAGCAAAUGACGAUUACUA